GAUUGGGUAUUGAGAAAAAAGAGAAAGAAAAUGGAAAAGGUAAAAGAAAAAAACGAGGUUUCAAAGUAGCGACAAAGCGUUUCUAGUAAAGUCGUGUGUAAGCUCUUCUCUUCACACAUGUAAAUCUCGAAAUUUACAGUUCAACGUCCAGUUACGCAGCUGCAGUUUGAUCUAAACUUGGAAAAUCCCAAAUUGGAAUACUCUCGAGUUCACAUUGAUCACAUGGCUGCAGCUGGGAGUUCUAUGUUGUAUUCUCUUUUUCUAUUCGUUGCUACUCUUUCACUGCAAGAAAUGUUUAGAGCGAAGUUAGCUUCUUCAGAGUUGUUUACUAUUCUUGGAGGAUUCACAAGCUCUCUCAUAUUCCUCACACUGCUCACGUUCAUUGGAAAUUAUCAGGAAACAAUUGGUGUCAAAACAGGAUGGGGAGCUGUUAUUAUUGCAGAAGCCGUGGCCCUAAUAGCUGCUAGCACUGUUCACCGAGUUUGUAUCACAACCUGCUUUCUCUUUUCUGCGGGACUGUUAUACGAGGUCAACAAACUCUCGGGAAUGACUGACUCUAAAGCUAAAAGGGUUUGAGUGGAAGGUCACCUUUUCCUCUGAUUUCAUUGAGUAACCUCAUAGUAAGAGGUAAAUUGGCUAAAAAUUCUCGAUGCAUAAUCUCAAUUAUAAAUUGUAGUAUACCUGGUUCUCCAGUUAAUCAAAUCUUGAUAGUUUUUGUGGUAUCAGAGUUGGAGUUCCUAACAUCUUAUACUGGUAUAUUUUUAUGAUAUAUUACUGAAUACUUUGUAGGAGCUUACAAAUGGUUAAACAUCUUUAAUGAUGUUUUGAACAGCUUA